UUAAGCAGAAGCUGCUACCGAUAGGCCAGCUUAUCGUGGACUGCCUGGAAACAGUUCCACUGAACCGCCGGGGUGCGUUGGAGGUAGCUAUAUGCCAUCACAUCGCCGAUAAUUACUGGCCGUUGCCUGUCAACUUCUUCACCCAUCUGAAAAUUCAGGAGAAAUACCGCAAUGCGCUCUUCAAGUUAGCGCAGCGCACACCUGCCGGAGCCAUGGGGCCAUAUCUCGAAAAGGACUCUGAGCAGCCUCGAGCAUCAGCUAUCGAGCCUGAUCCGCCCCAUUCGUCGUUGGACCCGAAGGAUCAUUCGGAUACGCCACCAUUCCACAGAUCGGCCGCUGAGCAGCCAAAAUCAUCAGUCGUUCAGGCUGCUCCGGGCUCUGGGGACUUCCUGGAUCUAGACCUCUACGAGUUGAGUGCAGAGGCUGUGGAACAGGCAAAUACGAGGAACUUGGACAGCGCAUAGUACCCAAUGGUCAAGUCUCACAUUUUGCCUAGUCUUCCAAGGCUGGACCGAAAAAUCCGGGAAUGUCAAAUGCCCAUGUCACUCUUCAAUCCUCAGUGUACGGGCUAUUGGGACGCUUCUUUCGAGAUCAACAACAACCAAGUUCAUUGGAAGGCCAAAACUGAUACUAAAACCAUCCUUUACAACUACAUGCUGCCCCCCGAUCAUAUGACCAGAUGUGUCAUACCAUUGUUUGCGGCACGCGGCCUGCUGGCAGAUCUUGAGAUCCGCCUGGCCACGGAUAUGAGCCAAAUGUAUCAAGACGCUAGGGCGAACCUGAGUGCUGUGCUCGAUUAUGACAUGCGUUGUUGCAUCCUCUUUCUGAAUCAUAAACGGUCCGACCUCAAGCCAUUCGAAGUAUUGUGGUGCGCUGUAAGUGGGGUUCUGAAGUUGCACAAACCCGCGUUCGACAGAUUCAUCCAGGCACCUGCGAAGAUUCGCCAAAGGGUCAAGCAAGACGGAAUAACAGCGUUUCGAAAAAUGAUAAAAGAUCCAGAUUUCGACCACGUUGACCAACUCCUUUGGAACGCGAUGAGGGUGCUUGAGAUCUACACUAGACCGCUGGUCACGGGCGAACCGGCAUUCCUCUGGAUCGAUUCCCCUCGUCUCGGGAACAUUGACGUCAUGUACGAUUUAAGCCUAGAUGGCGCGAAAGCUCGAAAGACUCUGUUCGAUUACCUGGAAGAGAGGCAUCCUGGUAGCGACUCGACGUGGCAUAACCUCGUGCAAAAUUACCACAGCCACGAUGUAGUGAAGUUCCCUGAGUACGCUACUCGACCACGUUCAAUCGAGAGCAUCUUUACCUGGGUAGAGUUCUUCACGGAAGCUCGGCAGGGCGUUCUGCUGAAGACCAUAGACUUCGUCGGAUCAGACCCCAUCAAAGGAGAUGGACAAAAGAAGCCGAAAAAGAAGAACAAGUCAAGGAAGCGUAAAGGUGCCAAAUCGGAGGAGCAGCCUGUUUUACUAGAGCAGUGUAACGAGCACCCUGCGUCUCAUGAACAACAUUCACAGAAGGAGGGAACGACAUCUCAAGAGGAGCCUUCAAAUAAGGUGCAGCCUACAACCCAAGAACAGCACACAUCUCUAGAGCAAGUUGUACCCCAGGAGCCUACACCUCGGGUAGUUACGCCCCUUCAAACGCUGGAGGAGUCGUCUGAACAGAACGAGCAGAAGCAAAAGAGGAAGGAGAAGAAGCAGAAAGACAAGGUAAAGAAAUCCGAAGCUACUAGGCAGGCAAUCUCCGCCACGGUGAAGGAGCCUCCGUCAUCGGUCGUCGCGAAGGACGAUAGCGAUGGUGACAGUGUCACUGGAAAUACCGACAAGGAUAGCGAAGGUGCCAUCGGCAACAAUCAUAAUCGUGCUGGCAACGUUGUUAUCGGCAACGGGUAUGACCUUGAUGGCCACAUGUCUGCAGCUGAUUCGGUUCCUAGCGAUGAAGCGCCUACAAAUCAAAAGACAGUUCAAGAGCAUCCAAACAACAGGUACGAAGUUUUGAAGGCCAAGCCGCCGGAACCCGCUGGGAAUUCAGCAGGAAAGCUAGCAUCCCAUGUCGAUAGUGAAGAUGAUAUGAAGAAGGCUAUGGAGGAGAGUCUUUUGAAUGACCCGGAUAGCUGGUCAAAGGUGCAAGGGCGCGCGAAACUGCGACCAAAGCAGAAGCAGAAACAGCACACCGACGAUCGCAAGAGUAUCCAAGAUGCAUACAGACAGAAGGGCUAUGCAUCUGCUGCUACGAAUGUACAACCGGCUAGGGCAAGAGCUGAAGCGAAAUCGGCAAAGGUAUGGGCGGAGUAUGCCAGAUCUCAACCAACGGGAUUGUCUGCUUUAAUGCCAGGUGAGGGCAGCUCCAAACCAAUCAAAGAACAAAAUAGCACCGCUCGCUGGCAGCCUAAAUCCUGGUCAGCGCUUUUCAAUCCUGCGGAGAACGACACAGGGCGCAAUUCCCCUCAAGAAGCCACCCUUUCUACGAAUGCUGUAGAUAUGCAACCGCGUACCGCGAUGGCCACCGAGAACCGUGAGUCCAUUCAGGAGAGUGCGCAAUCUGCGAGCCCUCAUGCUCUCGCGCAAUCAGAACCACCCGUAGAGCAAGAGGAACCCAAUGACUUAAAGCCGUCCAAGGCUGUUGCGGGCGCAGGAUCGACUCCAACGUCAGGCACAGAGAUCAGCGGUCCCAUCAAGGAGACCGUACUGCCUGUGGACCCUCAGACUAUUACGCAAUCAGAACGUCCGGUAUAUAAGGGGAAAGCCAAGGACUUCGCGCUAUGUGAAGAUGCUGCUGGUGCGAGAUCAACUCCCGCGGCCAGCUCGGCCUUCGCGAAGAACCAAGGCUCCACCGAGGAGAUCGCACAACCUGCAGGCUCUCACUCCUUUGCGCAAACAAGAUCACCAAUGGAUGCAGAGGCUCCCGAACAUCACCACAGUCAUGAGGACAGCUCGCGAUCACCUGCGAGCCCUCACGUUCCUGCGCCAUUGCAGCGACCGGUGAGUGAAGAGGAGCCCAAGGACUACUCCGGCCAUGAGGAACACGCAGAAUCACUGGCAGAAGAUGAUAUCUCGAGCCAGCCAUCGACCGGGGUCGACUCGGCCAUGUCGCAUGUAGAGCAGUGGCUUGCAACCAGAUAUGCGGCUGCCUUCGACGGGCUCACGCAAGCGGAGAUAGAGAAUGCGCACUGGCGACCUGAGCAGUCAGCAGCGAUUUAGAUGCAGGAAUCACUGAAGGCUUUUCGCAAUUACUGGGACGAAAGAGGGUAAUGAAGGGUGGUAACAGGAAGGUGGAGGAGCAUGAUAGAAUGGUCGCGCCAAUCUUUGACCGGCACUUCCUGCACGUGGCGCAGUUAUGGCAACGUCACAUAGAGGGCUUAGAGGUAUCGAAUUGACAUCUCAACCCAAACAUUCAUUCUUCCGGAUGUGCGUC